AAGGAAAGAAAAAAAAGAAGGAAUUUUCGAAAAAGGGAGGAAAUAAACUAAAAUCCACAGAAGCAUCCAAACAGAUUUUGUGUGUUAUCCCCAUUAUUGAUUCUUUGUGAUCAAAUUACAAAUCUUUUUUUUUUUUUUUCGUUUUUGAUCGUUUUGGUAAGAAUUUAUCUCCCAAAGUCUCAACCUUUAUUACAUUCUUCUCUCAAUUUGAUCUCUUUUGUUUUUUGUUUUGGUAAGUAAGUCAUUCGUCAUUGAAUAUUAUAAAAAAAAAAAAAAAAAAAAUCAAAUCUUGCGGGUAGAUUCAGUUCUUGAUUCGGAAGCUCUUCUCUCUUCUGAGAAAAAAAAAUUCUGACUUUUGCUUUGAUUUCUUGUGGUUGAAUCCGAUUUUGUUCGAUCGAACAAAACAAAAUCAAUCGGAUUCAAAAACCGAUCAAAGUUUCAAUUUUUUUUUGACGGUUACGGUUACGGCAAUGAAAGCAUCAGGUUCGUUAGAGAGCUGGAGAGAAUAUUUCCGGCGAGGAGAUUCCGAUAUAUUCGGGAUCAUCGAUCAUGCGAUCAUGGUCGCUGCUACUGAUUAUCCUAACAAAUUCAAAUCUAGGAGAGACAAAAUCGCCGAGCUUUUGUUCUCCUGCAGAGUCAGUCGUUGCCUCGGAUGCGACCACCUCGAGCUUUCUGUUCCCGGCGACGACGAGGCUAAUCUUGGAGGAGCCGCCGGAGGGAAUGGUGACGGUGGUGGAGCUGCGGCGGAAGAUUAUGAGGUUGGUGGUGGUGGUGGUGGUAGUAAAGAGAGUAAAGCUAACAGUAGCAGAGGAGAUAAUAAUCACAUCGAUGAGAUGAAUUUGAAUAGUAAUCAGAUUGUUAGCAAUUAUACAUUUGAUGAAGCUGAGGCUUUGAGUGAUGAGAUUGAAGAGUUCUCUGUGAUUUCUAAGGAGGUUGGUAGGAUCAAAGAGAUCUUGCUUAAUAAAGAAUUAGAGCCAAACUCGGUGUUACUCGAAUCUUUGAGACAUCUUAAGUUGAUGUCUUUGAAUGUUGAUAUUCUUAAGAGUACUGAAAUUGGAAAGGCUGUUAAUGGCCUGAGGAAACAUGGUUCUGAUAAGAUUCGCCAACUCGCUAAGACUCUUAUCGCAGAGUGGAAGGAGUUAGUGGAUCAAUGGGUGAAUACCACAAAGGAAAUUGCUGGUGCUGAAGGUACACCAGAGUCUGCAAACCCAUCUGUAGUUGAUGAAGAAGAGGAGUUCCCAUCACUUCCAUAUGAUGUUGAUAUCUUUACACCGGAACCAAACGGAUUUGAAAUCUCACACUUCUUUGAUUCCUUAGAUGUUGAUGGAAAUCCUCGUAACUCUGGGGAAUACAACAAUAACCGAGAACACGAAAGAAGACCACAAAAUAUCGCCAAGAGAAGACCUGAGGGAACACAAAUGAGGAUACAAGAUGCUCCUUUUAGAUCUAUUAAGCCAUCAUCAGCUAUUGGUUCUGAUGGGAUUAGGAGGCCUCCAAAGCAAAGUACAGAGCAAAGGAUGAAGAACGAAACUGUAUCUGUUUACAAGUCUGAAAAACCCAUGAUCCAAAGGAAACCGCUUGUUACAGAGCAGAAGCGGAAAGCUCCUGGACCUCAACAAGAAAAACUUAAAGGUCUUGACGCAGAUGCAAAGUUUGAGUUUGCAAAGAGGAAACUUCAAGAGAGCUACCAGCACCACGAGAAUGCCAAGAAGCAGCGAACAAUACAAGUACUUGAAAUGAUCCCAAAGCAAGGUAGUUCUCAGAAACCUCAGCUCAAGAGACCUGGAAUGAGCAACAGGAAUUGGACAAACGGGCGGAAAUAGCUUAUUCUCUUUCAAAAUGGUGAAAGACAUCAUCACUACAUAUACGUACGUACCACACACAUCCGCGAUCACUGGUGCAAUAAAGGUAAAACAGAUUCUAGCUCCACAAGCUGGAGAGAUAAAACAAGCCGAGGAGAAGGAACAGAUUCCAACAUAACUUUACUUUGAACAUAACUGUUUACUCCUCUGUUUUGUUCUGUCUUGGAUUCACCAACUGCAGCAGAUAGGAUCCCCCAAUUAUUGUUACUUUAUGUGUUCUUCUUCUACUACAUUCUUGAGACUUUUCGGUACAGUCCCGGUUUAGUUUUGGUUUUGGGACACAGAGAGAGGUCCCUUUUACAUAUAAUAUAAAAAAAACUGUAAAAGAAGGUAGAAAAGCUCAUUCGAAUAGACCGGCUCUUUCACCUAACUUUUGUAUAGUAGUAUAAUGUGAAAUGGUUUGGGAGACAA